UUUUUGGUUUUACUGUUUAGUUUUGUUUUGUUUUAUUGAGACAAGCUUUCUCUAUGUAUAUCAGCUGGAUUUGAACACCCUAUGGAGCCUAGAAUUGCCCUGAACUCACUGAAACCAUCCUGCCUCAGCAUUUUGAGUGCUGGCAUUAUAGAUAUAUACCACCACACUUUGCUUUUGAUUCAGAUUUGUAGGAAAGAAUUUAAGAUAUCCCAAACCUGGUGUCUCAACCUUCAUGUGAGAAAUAUAUGUAUGAUCCUUUAGGAGGUGGUGACCUUUGAGGAUGUGGUCGAGAACUUCAGCAAUGAGGAAUGGACUUUGCUGAGUCCAUCCCAAAAGAACCUCUACAGAGAUGUGAUGGGCGAAAUGUUUAGGAACAUGACUGCAAUAGGAGGACUUGGGGAUAUCCAGGAAGCUGAAAAAGAAUGCAAAAUUUACUGGAAAUACUUAAGAAAUGACAAGCUAGGGAAAUCCUAUGGACAUACAUCUUGGAAUCAGUGUAAAGAAGUAUUCCUUUGUACUGCUGAAGGUAAUUUGAAUGUGAAAGAAACAGAAACACACCACAAUGUUCAGAUCCAUGAAAAAUAUUGCAAUGGAGAGAAACCCUAUGUAUGUCAGCAAUGCGGAGAAUGUUUCACCAAAUCUGGACAUUGUAAGCAACAUGAAAGAAUUCACACUGGAGAGAAACCCUAUGUAUGUAAGCAAUGUGGGAAAGCUUUUAACACAUGGGAAAAUUGUAAAAUAGAUGAAAGAAUUCACACUGGAGAGAAACCCUAUGUAUGUAAGGAAUGUGGGAAAGGUUUUACCCGACAUCAAAAUUGUAAGCAACAUGAAAGAAUUCACACUGGGGAGAAACUAUAUAUAUGUAAGCAAUGUUGGAAAGAUUUACCCAACAAGAACAUUGUAAGCAACAUGAAAGUUCACACUCAAGAUAGAACCAGUGUAUAUAAGCAUCAUGAGAAUUUUUUGAGCACAAGUCCAUAUUGCAUAAUGCAUGAAAAACUUCACACUGGGCAGAAAACUUAUAUAUGUAAGGAAUGUGGGAAAGGUUUCAGCAGAAAUGCUCAUUGUCCAAUACAUUAUAAAAUUUACACUGUUGAGAAGCCUGUGUAUGUGAAGAAUGUGGGAAAGCUUUCACCACACAUGGAUAUUGUAAAAUACAUCAAUGACUCCACUCUGGUGUGAAACCCUAUGUAUAUAACAAUGUGGCAAAGCUUUUACCACAUACAGUCAUUGCAAAACACAUGAAAGAAUUCACACUGGGAAGAACCACUGGCUAUGUAAGCAAGUGGAGACACUUUCAGUAGCCAGAUUGUAAGUGAAAUACGUGAAGAAGCUCACACAAGCGAUAAAUCCUAUGUGUUAUGGGAAUACUCUCAGCACACAUGAUCAUUGUUACAUAUCUGAAAGAGCUCACUGGAUCCUAUGUGUAUUAACAAUGUGAGAAAUACGGCAAUCCAUGUUUGUUGUUAAAUACAUAGAAAAAGCAGCACUCUUCAGACAGUUUAGAUCUGUUUACUUUAAAAAUUCCAAGUAGACCUGAAGAAAUAAUCAAUACAGAAGUUUGAUGUCAAUAUUUCUUCACAAAUUUCCCAAAA